UGGCGGUAGACUCCGGUACCAGUUCCCCGUACGGCCGCGUUCCUUUCCUCUCCGUGUUUCCUCUCUUCGCUUUUUUUCUCUCUCUCACUCUUUCUCUCUCUCUCUUCGUUCCUCCUGUUCCGCGCGGGUGUCUCGAUCCCUUCGAUUGCUUCUCCCUUCUUGAGGAAUUUUCGUGAUCUCUCGAGUCUUUGGAUAGUUUCGAGGAGAAGAAGGAGGAGGAGGAGGAGGAAGAGGAGGAGGAGAUCGAAGAGGAGACGUUCGGUUCUCGAAGAGCUGUGCGUGCCUCUGCGUGUCCACUACGAGUACGAGGACUGCUCACGAGGGGUUCUUUGGUGGAGAAAGAGGUGGCUAGCAGGUUGGGGAACACACGAAAUCGAUAGUGUCGUGGCAACGACGUUUCACACUGACCCUGUCUACCUGGCGAGCCGCUACGAGGCGGGAGUUGGGACGAGGCUUGGGAACAGGCCGAUCUCGAUCGUUUUCCCGCGCGGGAAAAAACGACUUCUCGCCCGGAAGUUUGGGGAGAGAGUGGUCGAAUCGUUUCGAGGGGGAGGAAGAUAGUUUUUUAAAAGAUUGGGAAAAGGAAGAAUCUGGGUGAAGGAUCGAGAGAAUCGCGUGAGUCGCGUUAUUCUGCGAUCAGAGCUGGACGAUCUACGGAACACGUGUGUGAAGUCAGUGUCAGAGGGGUGAAGGGACGUUCCGAGGGCCGAGUCUUUGUGAGGAUAGAUUUCAUCUGGUGAUCGUCUGAUAGGCAACGCAGCAGUUUUUCUUCUUGGCUUUACUUGGAAUAAUUGAUUAACGGAAUGAUGGCCAGGUGGAAUGGUAUUUUAAGCUGGAAAAGAUGUGCCGGAAGUUGUGCCCUGUUGGCGACUCUGUUCGUCGUUUCGCGGGCCGAGGAGGAGGAGAAGGUUGGCAUAUCGCAGACCGCGGCAAUGAAUUAUCUCUCUCAAUUUGGAUAUUUGCAACCUAUGAAUCCAACAAGUGGUGGAAUCAUAUCCGAGGAAACACUCUCUAAAGCAAUCUCGGAAUUUCAAGCUUUUGCCGGAUUGAAUAUAACAGGUGAUAUCGACGAAGAAACAUAUAAACUAAUGACAUUGCCAAGGUGUGGUGUUAAAGACAAAGUUGGUCCUGGCUUUGGAAGAUCGAAGCGAUACGCUCUUCAAGGUUCUAGAUGGCGUGUGAAGAAAUUGUCGUACAAGAUCAGCAAGUACCCGCGAAAUUUGCCACAACACAAAGUUGAUGCCGAGUUGAACAAGGCAUUCAAAGUGUGGUCGGAGUACACGGAUCUCGUUUUCGUCCAAAAGAAGUCAGGCCAGGUCCAUAUCGAAAUUAGAUUCGAGAAAGGCGAACACGGAGAUGGAGAUCCUUUCGAUGGACCUGGUGGCACUUUAGCUCACGCUUACUUCCCCGUAUACGGUGGCGAUGCUCACUUCGACGACGCAGAACAAUGGACCAUCGACAGUUUCCGUGGAACGAAUCUGUUUCAAGUAGCUGCUCACGAGUUUGGCCAUUCUCUCGGUCUGAGCCAUAGUGACGUUAAAUCUGCUUUAAUGGCACCCUUUUAUCGCGGCUAUGAACCUUAUUUCCGGUUAGACGAGGACGAUAUUCAGGGUAUCCAGGCUCUGUAUGGAACGAAAACGUCAAAUAACGGUGGAGUUCCGAGCGGGCCAAAACCAACUACCACUGCAUCGCCUAGCGAAGAGGACUCAGAGCUAUGCACGAAUUCAAAGGUCGAUACCAUGUUCAAUUCUGCGGAGGGACAUAUGUACGUGUUCAAGGGUGAUCGUUAUUGGAGAUUAACCUCAGAUGGUGUAGCAGUCGGCUAUCCCAAGCUCAUUUCGCACUCAUGGAAAGGAUUGCCAGGGAACAUAGACGCUGCGUUCACGUAUAAAAAUGGAAAGACUUACUUCUUCAAGGGUUCGAAAUACUGGAGAUACGUGGGCAAAAAAAUGGAUGGAGAUUAUCCGAAAGAAAUCAGCGAAGGUUUUACAGGAAUUCCGGAUAAUAUCGAUACUGUGACCGUUUGGACCGGAAAUGGCAAACUCUAUUUCUACAAAGGUAGCAAAUUCUGGAGGUUUGACCCAUCCCAGAAACCACCUGUGAAGAACACUUAUCCCAAACUGAUCUCGAAUUGGGAAGGGCUUCCCGAUAAUCUUGAUGCUUCGAUAGUCUAUCGUGGUUACACGUAUUUCUUCAAAGGAGAUGCUUAUUAUCGAUUCAACGAUAGGAUGUUUUCCGUGGACGUUGCUGAUCCAGCAUUCCCUAGGUCGACAGCUUACUGGUGGUUCGGAUGCAGAUCAGCCAACAAGGGAACGUUAGAAGACAACAAUCUGUAUUUUGAAUCGCACGGUUACGGGAAAAAGUGAACGGACAGGAAUGAAAACUUGUUCGUUCGAGGAAUCUCGUUGAAUCGUAAACUCGAGUUAGGAGGCAACAAAAUGGGACAAGAAAUUUUCAAGGCGAAAAUAUCAUAAAAAUCGAGACACAGAGAUCACGAGGGGAAACGUUAAGGAAAAAGCCGAUCUAAUGGCGUAACUAAUAAGUUCCAAACAACAGAAACGAUUGUUCAACUAGUGCUGUUUCACGCGAGAUAAAUCGUGUUAAGCGUGUUUGGUGCUGAAGUGAACCAUCCAUCAAUCAGCGACGAUUCUUUUAUAAUAUUGUACAUAUUUUUUCAAUGUCGACCCUCCUACGAUUUUUAAACAAUUCGACAGGCGAAACGGACGAGCAGUUAGUUACGUCUUCCAAUCAGGAUAUGGGCUCCGCGGCGGGAAACGUUUUCACAUCGUCAUCGAUAUUGUGGUAUCUUCCGCUCAAUUUGAUGACCUUAUUCAUCGCUAAGAUUGUUGCCACUACGUAAAAAAGAGAUGAAUUACUUGUUGGAGAUCGUAAAGCGUUGAUAUCAUCAACGAAGGUCCGAUAGAAAAUAUUUGAACGGACAAUUAAAACGGAAGGGAAGUGUGACCUCAAAGUGUAUCGCAGACAAAGGGAAACAGUGCCAAACAAAAAUGGCAAUGUGCUAAUCGACGCUCACGAAUUGUGGAUAGUAACUUUUUUUUUCCAAUAUCGAUGAACAAGUUAACAAUUUGAGAUUUUGUUCGUUGUUACUUUUAAUCUUUCACGAAACAAUCAUUCCAAUUGAAGCAAAUUAGGCAUUUAGUUUGAUAACAAAUAUUUGCUUCAUCCUAGUUAUUAAGUAUUCUCUGCAGCAUGUUUUAUAAGAUAUGAUUUUUACUUAACGAUUAUUAUGUUUCCUUGUUAAUCGAAUCGAUUUGAAAUAUCUUAAGGGACAUGCUGUAUAUAUGUAAAUUAAAAACAAGAACGUGUAAAAUAUGUUUAUACAUAAUAUUUUAUGUCGCAUGCAAUAUUGUGUCAUCAUACCUUUUACACUGCCUAUUUAUUCUUUAUUCGUACGUUGUGAUUUGUAUAAACAUUAAUGUUGAAGGCACUCAUUUUAUGUAUCUAUGCAGGACAUAUACUAGGUUUAAAACAGAACUGAAAUGUGCUGUAACAUGACAUAGUAAAUAAAAAUAACAGUCAAUUGAUUCGUUGACUGACAGUAUUAUGAA